AUGUACCCGAGGAGCGUAGACAUUUGGGCCGCGGGGGUGUCCGUCGUCAUUGGUGGCCAGUUCUUCUCAUGGAACGAAGGUUUGGCUGCUGGAAGCGUCAGCUACGGCGUCGCGGUGAGUCUCAUGGGGACAGCGUACCUUUGCCUGACGUUGUCGAUGGCCGAAAUGACGAGCAUGAUGCCAUUCGCGGGCGGCGCGUACGGCCUCGGACGCUGCACGUUGGGUUUCUUCGUGGGGUUUCUCCUAGGGUGCUGCGAAACCCUCGAGUACAUCCUGUACGUGACAUGUGCAUGCCUCACGCUCUGUCGCAUGCUGGCGGACAAGUGGCCCGUCCUUACCAAGUACAAGUAUUUGGUGUGGGCGCUGACAUAUCUGGUGGCGUGUAUGCCUGUGGCGCGUGGUGGCCGUCCGUUUUGGAUGUGGAAUCGCGCGAUGGCGGCGAUUUCGCUGGGGAUUAUACUCCUCUUUUGUGUGGGUUCUCUUCCGUUCGUUGAGCUCCAUCAGCCAGCUCAAGGUGACUACGUUGCGGUGGGAGGGUUCUCGGCCUUCAUGAAAGCCUCUCCGCAAGCCGCGUGGUUCUUUGUUGGGAUCGAGUCGCUCAACACACUGAGCAACACCGUGCCAACACCCCAGGUCACCGUCCCUCGAGGACAGGUCUGGAGCAUGGUCACGCUGCUUGUCACGGCUAUUUGGACGUACUUGGUUUGUUUGUUCCUUCCUCCGGGAAUGCCGACGUUGUCUGCCGAACUGUCUCCGCUCAACAGCGGAUUCACCCGAAUGCUCAACAUCUCUAGCGAGACUGCGACCCUCUUGGCCGUCCCGGCCACGUUUGCCACGGCCGAAGGCUUCAUGUUGUCGUACUCGAACAUCCUCGUGGCGAUGGCCAAUUCCAAGCUGCUUCCGACAGUCCUGUCCCGCCGCCACACGUCAUACGGCACACCUGUAAACGCGCUCGCGAGCGGCACGUUGGCCAGCUUCAUCCUUUGCUUCGUCGUCGACGAGUGGACCUUGGACACCAUUGUGUACGACACGUGCAUCCUGUUUGCGUUCAUGUCGUACGUGGCCCAGUGCCUCGGGUAUCUCUUCCUCAAGAAGCAUCACAAAAGGACAGCGCGGUUGUUUGUCAGCCCUUUCGGGCGAGUCGGUGCUGCGUUUGCGAUUGUCGUGUGGGUGCUCAAUGCGGUCGCCGUCAUUGCAUUUCAACAAGACGACGAGGCCAGCGUCAUCUCGGCCCUCGUCCUGGUCGUCCUGUGCGCUUUGUACUACCACUUGUACGCCAAGCACCGACAGUCGUUCUCCGAGGAAGAGCAACGCAUCUUGCUUUUGGUGCACAUCGCCAUCCACAACGCCUUCAAGCACUCGUCGAAGCGCAGAGAGUCAUCGAAAAAGUAUACCGUUCUCUCGCUCGGCGGUAAAACGUCGAGAGGAUCUACCGGUCGCACCAUGAAGGUGCUGGUGGGAACGACCAGGCACGUGUCGAACGUGGUGGCGGUCACAAAUACCAUGCUUGAAACUCGCCACGGUGACAUGACGGAGAUGAGAGCUAGUUCAAAUCGAGACAACACGCCAUGAUGCUGCGGUAUAGGCACGUUGUCA